AUGGAGUCUCCAGGCAUGUUUCCGGAGUCUCCUAUGGAACAAGAUGAUGUUCCCUUCCCCUGUAAGGGUUGCGGAGAGAUCCUUGAGGAGGGCAAGGCUUUUGAACUUGCGGGCAACCGAUGGCAUAUCGAAUGCUUUUGCUGCAGCACAUGCGGCACCCUUCUCGACUCGGACGCACACCUACUGCUUCUCGGCGACGGAUCGUUGAUCUGUAGCAAUUGUACCUACAGCUGUAGCUCAUGUGGAAACAAGAUUGAAGACCUGGCCAUUUUGACGGGUGAACAAGCCUUCUGCGCUCAGUGCUUUCGGUGCCGAAACUGCAAGAGGAAAAUUGAGAACUUGCGCUAUGCGCGAACUUCUCAGGGCAUCUUCUGUAUGGACUGCCAUGAAUCGCUGAUGCAACGCCGGAGGAAGAAGAAGGCUGGUGUACCCACUAGUAAAAAGCAAGGACCGGGCGUGAAGCUUGACAAAUCGCUGCCCUCCCUUCCGCCCGAAGAACCUGAGUCGCAUCGCGCACCAGAUGACUCGAUCCUGGAUCAUUACCUGGAGGAUGCAACAUCUCGUGGAGCCCCGGACAGUGGGAGGAAUGAGCGCCCCCCGAUUUCUCGCCAGCACACCGAUAAUCAAGCGGAUAAUCUGAUACUCCCCUCGAGCACCUACCGGAGCAACCGUCACUCAGUCGUACCACCUGAAGCGGAACCGGAGAGCGGAGGAGAAUUCCUCAUACCUGUCGCAUUUGACCCCUCGGAAGAAGGACGGCCCUCGCGCACUCAGUCGCCUCCAACGACUAAUAGCCGCCAUCCUCCGGCUGGGAGCGCGUCACCCCAUAUCGCGUACCAGGAGAGAGGACGGGAACGGACUGACGCUGACUCCAGUCGCUGGCGUGGAGACGAUGUCGCAGCCAGCGCAAGUGCAUCACCUCGUUCUACUGAUAAUCUCCAGCGGGGCACGUCGAACCGGAGCUCCAGAGCUGAUCUACCCAUCAAUCUCAAGGAGACCAGCACCUUUUCUACACCAAGUCCUGAGUCUACCAAGUCGAGCGCGCAAUUCAAGGACAGUUCGACCGUUGACUCUGCAGGAUCGAGAACCCUGGAUAGUUCUGUGACCGCCCCGUCUCGUCCGUCGAACGAGCUUCGUGAGCUGCAUGAGAAAGGCGGGUCGAUGGAUUCUACGCGCUCAUUUCCGUCUUCAAGCCUCGUGCAACCUCAUCCGAAGCGAGGAGAUUCGUUGGAAAAACGACACCAUCAUAUUCCCCGAAAAGAACUCGGACCUCGAUCGCCCUCCGUCACUCAAAGCGAGGAUGGCAUGGAGCGGCCCAUGGAGCAAACGGUCUCCAAGAAAAACACCGCGAAAGUUGGCGAAUCGCCUCGUACUCCCCGCAAUGAUGCUAAUGCGGAGCCGUCCCAACAGCAUGCCCGUCAUAGCUCGAUUAGCACUCUGCAAUCGGACACUCACACUCCAGGGUCGCCGUCGUUGUUGCGGUACAGCGGUGGGGGCGAUUUCUCCCUGGAAGAAGAUAUGGCCCGGAUCAUGGGAUCAGAGGAAUCGCAUGCUGCUCAGAACAGCGAAUCUUUCUUGCGACGCGUGUCGAACUCUGUACGGCACGGCCGAAGCUUCAGCGAUAAGGGCUCGCGCGUAUCGAAGGAUGCCAAGUGGCCCAAGUCCCCCGUCAAUGGUACCACGCCCGUUUCCGAUGCUGGGAGCCCCUCGGGUUCCCCGGGGCCGUCGCACUCAGAUGAAGUGGCGUGGCUCAAAAGCGAACUACGCAAAGAACGUCAACGUGUCUUGGAGAAGGAACAGAAGAUUGCGGAAAUGGAAGCUGUCCUUAACGCGACGGCCGACGUCAAGCAGGUGAACACGGAGCUCAACGAGAAGCGGUCCACGAUGGUGGUUCUGGAUGCGAAAAAGGAGAUCGUCAUGCGAGAACUCUCCGUCUUAACCGAUCACUUAGAAGCGGAGAAACGUGGCGCCAGCGGGCCUCUUGACCUUGGAAAAAUUACCAGCAAGGUCCUGCGUGACUUUGUCGAGUCGCUCCAUAAGCUGAAGGAGUCAUUUACACCACAAAUCGAGGACCUGGUUCAAAAACGCAACGACGCAGCGGAAGAGCUUGCCAACUUGAACCGCAUGAAGGACAAGAGCUUUCAGGAGUUCGAGCAACUGUCCUCCAAGAAUGCUCAGUUGGCCGAACUGAACAAUCAACUGGUGCACCAGAUUCAAGAGCUCUACAAGGCCAAUUCAAACGAAGGCAAUCGUGGUGCCAAUGGCCUUGGCAUCUAUUCCCACGGCAAGGAAAAGUCACUGUCCGCCAUUGAUGCGCUGAAGGCCGCCAACAAUGACCUUUCUGCCUCCAUAUCUACUGCCAAUCUGUCCGAGGAAGCUGAACCGGCUACUGUCGUUCCAGGACCACAGGUCGUUAGUAUCCGCAAGGGGCAGCCUCGCAAGUUCAACUGGAAGAAGGGUGGACAGAACGUCGCCAAGGGCGUUACAAAGGGUAUCAAGGGCGCCUUCAUGUCAAGCGACAGCAAUGCCGCUCAAGAUGCGAACCCCGGUCUCCCACGCUCGCAGACCCAGGAUCCUAGCCGUCAAGGUUUCGGAUUCUUUGGAAAUCAGAAAAACAAGCAAGCGGGAACUCGAAUGCCUCAAACCGAUAGUGUUCCAGCUCUAGCAGAUCUCGCUCCUACUGCCCUGUUUGGUACCGAUUUGGAGCAGCGCAUGGAGCAUGAAAAGAGCAUCAUUCCUGCAAUUGUCACCCGGUGUAUUCAGGAAGUUGAACUACGAGGAAUGGAUAUGGAAGGAAUUUACCGUAAAUCAGGCGCAAGCUCGGCCGUUCAGACCAUUCGAGAAGGGUUUGAACGGUCUCCUCAGGAUUACGAUAUCUCCGAUCCCGAUCUCGAUAUCCAUGCGGUGACCUCAGCUCUCAAGCAAUACUUCCGGAAGCUGCCAACGCCUCUUAUCACUUAUGAAGUCUACGAAAAAAUCAUCGACACCGGGGAGAUUACCUCAGCAGAAGCUCGUAUUUCGGUUCUACAGAAGAGCCUUGCAGAGCUGCCGCGUGUCCACCAGGACGUCCUGGAAUUCCUGGUGUUCCACUUGAAGCGAGUAGUUGAACGCGAGAAGGAAAAUUUGAUGACAAGCCAGAAUAUUGCUGUUGUCUUUGCACCCACGAUCAUGAGACCGGAGAGUUUGGCCCGUGAAAUGACCGACGUGCAGAAAAAGAACGAGGUAUUGAAAUUUUUGGUGGACAACUGCCAAGAAGUCUUUAUGGGUAUGCAGAGCUGA